AUGACUCCAACUCUCAGCAAAGUUCUCUUCGGUCUUCCAGCUUUCGCUGUCUCAGCUUUCGCAGAACCAAUCUCGAAAUGUUCUGCGGAUUGCAUUUCCAUCCCAAACGCAAUUGUGGACUCCGUUAGUCAUCACACACUCGGCGAAGCGAUCCCGCUUCCCAAUACUGUCCCAUCUUGCGGCGGGCCAUCGUUGAAAGUCAACAUUACAAGCAGUCUUUGCAGAGUUGUUGUCAAUGUUACGACCAGCGCAUCCAGCUCCACCCGAAUUGAAGCUUGGUUGCCCGAUGACUGGAAUAGUCGUUUGCUGGCAACCGGAACCGGUGGUAUCGGAGGAUGCAUUGACUACCGAUUUGUACAGAACGGCGCGCAGCUAGGGUUUGCCAGUUUCGGUACCAACACGGGCCAUGAUGGAGAGCAGGGGUUUGACUUCUUCCUCAACCAGCCCGAGGUCAUCAACGACUUUGGCCAUCGAGGUAUCCACGUCGAGGCACAGGUUGCCAAGCAAAUCGUCGAGCAGUAUUACGGAAAGAAGGCGUCGAAGAGCUACUACCAGGGCUGCAGCACAGGAGGACGUCAAGGUCUACAAAAUGCGCAACUGUACCCCGAAGAUUUCGAUGGCAUCCUUGCCGGAGCUCCUGGGAUUGACUGGCUCCACAUCGUGGCGUCCAAGGGUAUCCUGGCUCGCAGAAUUGGCUGGCCUGACCUUGAGUCCGAUGCUUAUGUUCGACCUGAACAGUGGCAGGCGAUAGUCGCCAAGCAGAUCGAGAUGUUUGAUCCUCUAGAUGGUGUCAAAGAUGGAGUUAUUGACAACCCUGCUGCACAUGCGUUCGACCCCGCUAUCAUGGCUUGCGGCACUGAUGUUCUCAACAGCUCUCUGUGCCUGAAGCCUCGACAAGUUGCUUCUGUUCGGGCCGCAUACGAGCCCCUUGCUGACUCCGAGGGUCGUAUCGUCUACCCAGGUUUUAACAUUGGUUCAGAUACGAGUGUCUUUUCCGCCAACCAGGUCAAUGGAACUGCAGACUUGGCCUACAAGGUUCUCCAGGACUUCUGGCGUGGGGCCGUCUACAACGACUCUAGUUGGACCCCGCAUAACUUCACAGUGAAGGACAUGGACUUCGCCGUCAAAACAAACCCGGGAGGCGUCAACGCAGCCGAGGGCAAGUUGGACAAGUUCUAUGCCAAGGGUGGCAAGAUCAUUUCUUACCACGGACAGGCGGAUCAGACUAUCACUCCCAAGUUAAUUGCAGAGUACUAUGCCAAAGUCCAGAGUAAUCUCAACGCCACUCUCGAAGACAUGCACUCCUUUUAUCGACACUUUUUUAUCCCUGGCAUGUAUCACUGCUCCGGAGGCCCUGGUGCUUUCGAUGUUGGGCAGGCAUACCCGAUGGAUGAGGAUAGACUGAACGCCAAAGAAAAUGUUCUGCUUGCGUUGACAAAGUGGGUGGAGGAUGGUGAAGAGCCCGCCACUCUUGUUGGAGCGAAGUACGAUACUGCUGGAAAAGCCACGGCCUAUCGAAAGUACUGUCCCUACCCUUACGAGAGUAAAUGGGAUGGAUCUGGAAACACGACCAAGGCGGACAGCUGGGAUUGUGUUAUGCCAGGGGCUUGA